UCCGAUAUUCUUCUCCAGGAAUGGUACGACCUACGGCUGACAUGGAAUCCUGAGGACUUUGGUGGAGAGACCAUGCUCCAUAUUCCAUCCGAAGACCUUUGGAGACCCGACAUCGUUAUCUACAACAACGCCGACGGGGAUUUCGUAAUCACAAUGUUAACAAAAGCCCUUGUGUCGUACGACGGUAAAAUAGUUUGGGAACCGCCUGCUAUCUACAAAACCUAUUGCCCUAUAGACGUAGAAUAUUUUCCGUUCGAUACCCAGUUAUGCUUCAUGAAAUUCAGCUCCUGGACUUACGAUGGUAACGAAGUUGACUUGGUCGACUUUUGCCACGGCACCGGUCAAACGCAAGUUGAUGGCAAGGUUGUGAUCCUGAAUGGUAUCGAUAUGAAAGGCUAUUCUCAGAACUCUGAAUGGGAAAUUCUAAACGUAACAUCAACUCGAGAGAUCAAAACGUAUCCAUGCUGUCCAACACCUUACCCAAUCAUAUUAUACAACAUAACAAUGAGACGCAUACCUCAGUUUUACACUUUGAACUUAAUCAUACCCUGUGUGUCAAUUUCGUUCUUGACUAUUCUUGUAUUCUAUUUACCGUCCGUGAGUGGUGAGAAAAUCACUCUGUCCAUAUCAGUUCUCUUGGCACUGACUGUGUUCUUCUUGCUGCUUUCUGAAAUCAUUCCGCCCACUUCUCUUGUGAUUCCUUUAAUCGGUAAAUACCUCAUGUUCACUAUGCUAAUGGUGACGGCAUCGCUAUUUCUGACUGUCAACGUAUUAAACAUCAAUUACCGAACAACCACAACUCAUACAAUGUCCCAAUGGGUGAGGUAUUACUUUUUGGAAAGACUACCCACUUUCCUUAUGAUGAAACGACCCCGUUUCGAAGAUGAGCCGCCGAUUCUGCCACCGUCCAAGAUGCAAAGUUUAAGUACCUUCGACGGAGAAGAACCCGUAGAAACUCGAAGCAUCACACUCAACUGCAGAGGAGAGGUGCCGACAUACGAGAACAUGUGUCCGCACCAGUCUAUUGAUGAGCCUGACCCUGGGAAGUUGGAGAAAAUGCAAAGCCUUGAUGACUGGACAAGCAAACUGGUGGAAGAGAUGAUCAGUAAUGUGGAAUAUAUUGCCAGCACCAAGAAAGAUGUCGAAGAAGGCAGUGCUGCAGUACGUGAUUGGGCCUACAUCUCAACGUUGAUAGAUCGAUUAUUCCUUUGGAUCUUUAGUGUGAUUUGUACGAUCGGAACCGUUGUCAUUUACCUGAAUGCACCCUCACACUUUGACAGUAGGCCUAGUUUAGGGGCAGGAGAUUUCGUCAAUCUUUCCUGCACUUUUUGAACAUGUUACUCUACUGUACCCCUAAUACAUGUUAGUCUUGUUUUUGUUCUUAUUGGUGGUGGUAGUAAAUAU